GUAAAAUUUUUUCGGACGAGUGAAGUGCGUUUAAGUAGUGAAUUGGUAAACUUUUCGUUGAAAUGAUUCUAUCAAAGCGAAUUCAUGAGUUAGAAGCAUUGCCAGCUUGAAAAAUUUUAUUGCGAAAACAUUAAGAAUGUACAUUCAGUGGAUUCACAGGUGACGUGGGGAUGAUUAGAAGAAGCAAAAAAGAGAAACUUACGAACAGGUGAAAUAUCGUGGCUUGUAACGUGCAAACUCAUAUGCAUCGAGGAGUGUUAUUAUAAUUGAUUUGUGGAGACAAUUCACACCUGGAAACGAAAUAUAUUCAGAAGGCUCUGCUGGUCUGCUUUAUACUCACUUAAAAAACGGAAAUAGUCUGUAUAACAAUGCCAGCGAAUUUGCAUGAGAACAGCAUAUUUUCACUGAUUUUCAAAAAAUAUCAUUUGUUCUAAAGGCCAAAAGCUCACAUUAGCAGCUAUAUAUAUAUACAUAUACAACAGUCUGGCAGCUGUGAAGAUUUCUGCUUCGAAUGGAAAGCUAAGACUCAUAAACUGGAAAUUUAGUUUAACAAAAUCUAUCAACAGAGGACGAGCAACAAAAGAAUGGCGACUGCCACUGAUCUUAAGGAAAAAGUCAUUGGCUGUGAAAAUAAAUAUCAUGUGAAUGAUAAAUCUGAUGAAAAGGAUUUUGAUAAUAGAUUAAUCAACGACACUUCUAAUGUAACCAUUCAACAUUUAGGAAACGGAUUUUCUUUAACAGAAAAAAAAUGCAAGACAAAAACUCCUCUGCUUAACGGAACAACCUCAUUUACACAUGCCACUUCAAGUAAAGGCAAUUCCACUGGUACAUUCAUGAAAUUGAAAACAUAUUUGCAUGCAUUGCGUCCGUGGUCACUAUCUGGCAGUUUGGUGCCAACAUUGAUGGGCUCUGCUCUGGCAUACCGUUCUCAAUGGGCUGCUGAUUUUAGCCUGAUCACAUUUUUCUUAACUGCCUUCACAGUAGUUACAGUGCAUUGUGCUGGCAAUGUGGUAAAUACUUACUUCGACUUCAUCAAAGGGAUUGACAAGCAAAAAGCCGACGAUCGAACUCUCGUUGACCACAUUCUCACCAAGGAUGAGGUAGUUUCAUUGGGAGCAAUUUUAUACAUGGCUGGUUGUGGAGGAUUCAUUUGUUUAGCUUUCCUUAGUCCAGCCAAAAUGGAGCAUCUGGCGUUAAUUUAUUUUGGCGGCUUAUCGUCUAGCUUUCUUUACACUGGCGGAAUCGGCUUCAAGUACAUCGCUCUUGGAGAUGUUGUUAUAUUGAUACUUUUCGGGCCACUUUCAGUAUUGUUCGCAUAUAUGUCACAAACUGGUCAUGUUGAUUGGACCGCGAUUUAUUACGCUCUACCCUUGGCACUCAAUGCGGAGGCCAUAUUGCACAGUAAUAACACGCGUGAUGCUGAAAACGAUCGCAAAGCUGGGAUAGUAACGUUAGCAAUACUUAUUGGACGUACAGCAUCGCACGUCUUAUACGCCUUGCUUCUCUUCACACCCUACAGUGUGUUUGUUGUGUAUGGCUUGAAAUACUCGCUUUGGUUUCUAUUGCCGCUCGUGACAGUACCACAGGCAUUUCAGAUCGAGAAACGUUUUCGUAACGAACACACCAUGAGUGCUGUUCCGCGGCAAACAGCGAAAUUGAAUUUCUUUUUCGGUAUACUCUAUGUGGUGGCUAUAUGCUGUGCCAGACAACUACCCGACUUCAGCUAUCGCAAACAUUAAUGUGUUCAAAUGUUUAUAAUAGUAGCGUAAAAUGAUAUUCAUUUACAAGUCAAAUUGAAUUUUAUUAAAGAACAAUAAAUCGAAUGGCCACAUUCAGAUGUAGAAGGUGCAAAGCUUCCACAAAAUAAUUUAAAUGAAUCAUAAAGGAGCUGAAAUAAAUACUCCAUUGAAAACUGUACAAUACAUUUUUGUAAUAAUUAGAUGCAAAUAUCAUGAACUUUCUAUAAAAUUGGACCCUUCACAAAUAGAAUCCGAAGUUUUAUUUAUUAUAAUAAGCCGAACGAAGUUUUAUAAAACGAUUAAAUUAUUAAGGUAGAUUAGCAUGGAAAUAGGGAAUUUUUUGUAAGUGUUAUAAACAAAUAUAAUACAUACAUAUGAAUA